ACGUGAUAGACAAGCUUAUAGUUAAAAUAAGGUGUUUUUCUACUCCAUUUUGUUUUAUAUAAAAAACAAAGCUCAUAAUUGUUCGACAUACAACUGACAAAGCGAAAUUAUUGUAUCUUCUAGAUGCAAAUCUUUGUGAAGACUCUAACUGGCAAGACCAUUACAUUAGAAGUGGAGCCUUCUGACACAAUUGAGAAUGUGAAGGCGAAGAUCCAAGACAAAGAAGGAAUUCCUCCUGAUCAACAGCGUCUCAUCUUUGCUGGCAAGCAGCUGGAAGACGGACGCACCUUGUCAGACUACAACAUUCAAAAAGAAUCCACACUCCAUCUUGUACUGCGUCUUCGUGGAGGCAUGCAGAUCUUCGUGAAAACUCUGACCGGAAAGACCAUCACUUUGGAAGUAGAAGCUUCGGACACAAUUGAGAAUGUGAAGGCGAAGAUCCAAGACAAAGAAGGAAUUCCUCCUGAUCAACAGCGUCUCAUCUUUGCUGGCAAGCAGCUGGAAGACGGACGCACCUUGUCAGACUACAACAUUCAAAAAGAAUCCACACUCCAUCUUGUACUGCGUCUUCGUGGAGGCAUGCAGAUCUUCGUGAAAACUCUGACCGGAAAGACCAUCACUUUGGAAGUAGAAGCUUCGGACACAAUUGAGAAUGUGAAGGCGAAGAUCCAAGACAAAGAAGGAAUUCCUCCUGAUCAACAGCGUCUCAUCUUUGCUGGCAAGCAGCUGGAAGACGGACGCACCUUGUCAGACUACAACAUUCAAAAAGAAUCCACUCUCCAUCUUGUACUGCGUCUUCGUGGAGGCAUGCAGAUCUUCGUGAAAACUCUGACCGGAAAGACCAUCACUUUGGAAGUAGAAGCUUCGGACACAAUUGAGAAUGUGAAGGCGAAGAUCCAAGACAAAGAAGGAAUUCCUCCUGAUCAACAGCGUCUCAUCUUUGCUGGCAAGCAGCUGGAAGACGGACGCACCUUGUCAGACUACAACAUUCAAAAAGAAUCCACACUCCAUCUUGUACUGCGUCUUCGUGGAGGCAUGCAGAUCUUCGUGAAAACUCUGACCGGAAAGACCAUCACUUUGGAAGUAGAAGCAUCCGACACAAUUGAGAACGUGAAGGCGAAGAUCCAAGACAAAGAAGGAAUUCCUCCUGAUCAACAGCGUCUCAUCUUUGCUGGCAAGCAGCUGGAAGACGGACGCACCUUGUCAGACUACAACAUUCAAAAAGAAUCCACACUCCAUCUUGUACUGCGUCUUCGUGGAGGCAUGCAGAUCUUCGUGAAAACUCUGACCGGAAAGACCAUCACUUUGGAAGUAGAAGCUUCGGACACAAUUGAGAAUGUGAAGGCGAAGAUCCAAGACAAAGAAGGAAUUCCUCCUGAUCAACAGCGUCUCAUCUUUGCUGGCAAGCAGCUGGAAGACGGACGCACCUUGUCAGACUACAACAUUCAAAAAGAAUCCACACUCCAUCUUGUACUGCGUCUUCGUGGAGGCAUGCAGAUCUUCGUAAAAACUCUGACCGGAAAGACCAUCACUUUGGAAGUAGAAGCAUCCGACACAAUUGAGAAUGUGAAGGCGAAGAUCCAAGACAAAGAAGGAAUUCCUCCUGAUCAACAGCGUCUCAUCUUUGCUGGCAAGCAGCUGGAAGACGGACGCACCUUGUCAGACUACAACAUUCAAAAAGAAUCCACACUCCAUCUUGUACUGCGUCUUCGUGGAGGCAUGCAGAUCUUCGUGAAAACUCUGACUGGAAAGACCAUCACUUUGGAAGUAGAAGCUUCGGACACAAUCGAGAAUGUGAAGGCGAAGAUCCAAGACAAAGAAGGAAUUCCUCCUGAUCAACAGCGUCUCAUCUUUGCUGGCAAGCAGCUGGAAGACGGACGCACCUUGUCAGACUACAACAUUCAAAAGGAAUCUACACUCCAUUUAGUGUUACGUCUACGAGGAGGAAUGCAGAUUCGUAAAAACUCUG